AUGACUUCGUCCAUUGAUGCUGUGGCCGACACCAAUGGCCACAGUUCAGAAUCGCUUCCGCCGUUUGCGCCUGCGCAUGCACCUGCGCUUUCGUUUUCGCCUGCGCCCGAGCCCGAGUCCGAGCCAAUACCCAUACCCAUACCCAUAUCCAUACCCAUCGCGACACCCAUACCGAAGUCCACGUCCACGCUGCCAAAGACUGACACGGCAGAUUCCCAUGCCGACACAAACCCGCCAGAAGUCGCUCCUACCGUCACCAACGACACGAUUCCACAUGCGCCAGAACUAAUAAAACCUAGCAACGUCGAUGGCCAAACUUUGCAGCAACAUGCCCCGCAGCAGUCGCAACCUCAAACUUCCCCAACCACAAGCACAACAAGCACAGCAGCCGGUCACCAAGACCUGCCUGCCUCCAUCGCGCCCGCCAUACCAGAGCACAUUUAUAUGCCAUCUCCGCCGACCGUGUCGCCGCUCUCAACGCCGGCAGUCACUGCCAUCCACAGCACCAAUGGCGACCACGCGCUUGACGAAGACCUGCCGAGACUUAACGAUGAGCAAGUUUCUACCCAUCAGGGCACCGCGAUGACCGAGCACAAUAUACUUGCGUUGGAGCCUUUCCCAAGUUUUGACCAUUCCUUCCCUGCGCAACCGACCCAGUCCCAAGGAUAUGCUGCUGUCGCAACCACCGACGACGACAUUGAAUACCCAGCACAGCAAAUUGCUGCCGGCAGGAUGUCACGGUCUAACACCAUGACCGACAUUGACCCUGCCGCUUUCAUGAUCGCCAUGGCCUCAAAUGCAAAUGUCCCCAUGGGCUCCGACUAUCCAACAGCUAUCGCGCCUUCGGAAAUAUCUCUCGCCAUCUCCCAAGCUGGUCAAGAUGACGGCACCGGUACCGGCACCGGCACUUUCGAAUCUGCUUCUGCAAGUGCCAGUCAAAAGCUCGAGUCUUUCGCCAGAAUCGAAUUCGCCGACAGUGUGUUCCAGAUGACUACAUACGCCGUCAUUAUUGGUCGUGACCACAGGGCAAUGGCACAAGCCCGGAAAGACGAACGGCGCGCCACUCGAUACAGAGAAGCUUGCGAAAAGGCCGAGGAACAGGGCUUGCCCCCGCCUACUCCCAUGGGUUUAGAUCGAGGCAAAUUCAGCAAAUCUUAUGUUAGUGAGGAGGGAGGCAUGCUUGGUCCAGAAUCCGAUGGUGGCGACAGCAAUGCUCCAAGGAGAAAAGCUCCUUCUCUGCACGACGAGGCCGAAGUCAAAGACGAGCAGGAUGACAACGCAAAAUCGAACCUGCAGUAUGUCUCUCAUAGUGAGGGAGCCGCUGCGGUUGACCUCAGCAACAUCCAGCCCUCUACUACCCACGUUCCUUUCGUUGGUAUACACUCUCCAGGUCCGAACAUUGCAGCCAAAACUAAAGGCAUCUCCCGGCAACAUCUCAAGAUCCAGUUCAACGAGAGGAGAGGGGUUUUCGAAGGUUUGGCGCUCCACAAGAACGGCUUCUUCUGCGAUGACGUGCAUUAUGGCUCCGACGACCCUGUCACCAUUCGCAGUGGUAGUCGCCUUCAGAUCAAGGACGUUGAGUUUUUCUUCGUAAUCAACGGCGUCCAGACUGGCAAGACCGGAGCCGAAGACGUGCACGAGGGGGAAGAGGCCUCUAGCAAGCGCUGUUCCGUCGGCGGCAAGGAGAUGAGCUUGGAAUUCGAACAUUCGGAUCAUGAACAGAAGAAGAAGUUCCUACGCAAUACCGACAGUCCAUCUCCCGUUCAAAUUGUGCAAACGCCACCUCCGCCUCCACCGCCAGACCACAGGGUCGAUCUUGACAUGGCCGUCGAAAUCGCACCCGAAAUUCAAGCGGGACCUAUGGACAUAGACGCCGACGCUGAAGCUGAAGCAGAGGCAGAAUUGGUAGGAUUACUAGAAUCGGAACUGGGAGCGGACGAUGAAACCAUGGCGAUCGAAGAUCAGUCUGAGAUGGCCGGCGAUGAUUUCAUUCUGCCUUACAUGGACGCUGAGACCGCAGCUGCCCUUCUGCAAUCUGUCGAGAGGGGCGAAGAACUUCCUCCAGAUUUCGUGAUACCGCGGAGGCGUGGGCCGGGACGCCCGCCAAAGGACGGCAUCAUGUCCAAAAGGGAACGCCGCCUGCUUAAGAAACAGCUUGAGGCUCAGCAGAUGUCGAGGAAGACACUUCCUCAGGAGCCUCCUGGUGAGAAGAUCAAGCGACCUGUAGGCCGACCUAGAAAGAACCCUCUACCGGAUGAUGGAGAUAGACCGGAAAAACGAAAAUACACCAAGAGGAAGACGGAUGGUGAAGAAGGUUCGGAUGCAGAGAGGCGUGCAAGGGAGAAGAAGGACAAGAAAGUGCGGCCAAAAUCUCCGCCUCUGGACCUUAAGAUUGAGGAUUAUUCCGCCGAACAGCUGAAAAAGCCAGCCAAGAACUAUGUUCAUCUCAUUGACGAAGCCCUGCAAGCGGGACCUCCUGAGGGUCUAUCGCUGAAGCAGAUAUACAAACGGAUCACAGCUGCGUACCCCUGGUACUACUUCUCUGCGGAGACCAAGGGAUGGGAGAGUAGUGUCCGUCAUAAUCUUAUCGGCAACGACGGCUUUAAAAAGAAUGAAGAGACGGGUCUUUGGCAGAGGGUUCACGGGAUCGAUCUCGAUGCAGGAAAGAAGCGAAAGGCCCCCACACCAGAACGCCAGAUGGGACCGCUGCAUCAAAUGGGCCAGCAGCCUUACUAUCACCACCCGAAUUAUCUGCAGCAAGGGACUCUUCAGUUUGCCGACGGGUUGCCCAGCAACGUCAUGCAAAACCAUCAGCAACAUCAGACAUAUGGGCAACCUGCUACAAAUCAGCACCACCAAAGUUACACAGGUUCUCAGGCUCAGAUGAAUGGCCAGCUAUCACACGCAUCGCAACUUUCAAGUCAAUCUCCGGCCCAAGUGUCUGCAGCGGGCGCGUCCGCACUACCGAGACAACCUAUAUCACAAGGUGCUUACAACUCUCCAUAUCAGAGGCCCACGGCAACGACGAAUUCUCAUUUCAACGCUGGCAAUGCAACAGCAAAUAUACAUGGCCAGCAUACCUCCAUACCACAGCCAACGGCUCAGAGCUCUCAAAUACCGCAAAGCGCGGUUUCAGUCACGUCUGUUGGCUCUAGGGGGCCCCUUGGUAACCCCGAUGAGAACCAGAAAGUUGUAGCCUUCAAGGAGCAGAUGUUGAAGAUGUUAUCGUCGUUGAACAUUAGCCAGGCCAAGAUCCAGCAGCUCGUCGAAACUGCGAUCAACAAGGCUUUUGGCAUUCCGGCACUGCCAACCCUUGCAGGCUUUGAAAAAGUUGAAUCAAGACUUACUAACGAGGUGCUUAAAAUCCUCGACAAGGAACCUCUUCAACAGCCUCCAGAGCCACCUACGCCUACACCCGCACCCGCACCCGCACCCACACCCACACCUGCUCCCGUCUCGGCUCCAGCCCCGUCUCCGGCCACCGUUCCACUAUCUGCACCUAUACCUGCACCUGCACCUGCAGCCGUAUCUGCACCGCCUCCGCCGAAGCAGCAGACACCAGCGCCUAGACCCAGCCCAGCAGCGCUGCCCCCUGUCGACGCCGAGAUAGAGUCAACGCUCACAUCUUUCAGGGACAACUUCAUGAAGACUUUUAGAAGCAAAUGUCCGCAAGCUGACUUGAUUAUGGAGUCGGCUGUCAACCAAGCCAAAGGAUUGCCGAACACGGGCAAAGUAAAGGGGUGGGAGCAAGUGAAUGACCUCCUCGUUACGGAAGUCACGAAGAUUAUCAACAACGUGAGAAAGAAAUACAAUUCUCAGAUAGAAUCGACGGCAUCGCCAGCCCAAGCCUCGCAGGCGUCACCAGGGCCGGCAUUUCGACAUGGUUCGUCUGCCUCGCCAGCACCAGGCCAGACCUUGGCGGCGCCGAACACCUUCACGCCCACUCCAGCCACGUCGAAUGGAUUUACGGUUCCGAAGCCCCCUAUAUCUGCUGUACGUCCGUCGAUUGCUCGUCCUGGGGCCGUUUCAGUGGCACGGCCGUCGGUAGGUCACCCAAACUCUGGUGGUGCCGGUCAGACAAACCUGGCUCCGAAUGCCGCAACUGCUCUUGUGCAGAUACCGGCAACGCCCCAAGCCACAGCUCCAUCGCCGGCGGCACAAUUGGCUCCACCUGCGCGGCCAGCAUCAGCUUCACUUCCGGCCCCCGCGCCGGGUGCAAGCCCAGCUAUGCCGAGCACCAGCUCUGGUAUACCGCAGGACAGACUGAUUGCAAAAACCGUAAGCCCGUUACCUCAGGUUGUCACACAGCCUCCUUUUGCCAAGACGGCAAGUCCCGCGCCGCCUCCAACUACCAAACCAAGUGCUGGUGUGAUGGAGCAGAUUAUGGGUCAAGGUCAAAAACGAUCGUUGGAAAGUCUGCAUGGGCCAGGCAACGACACCAACCAACAACCUGAACAAAAGAAGAUCGUGACAACCGCGCCUACUACAGCGCAGGCUUGA